UACUCUGAGCUCAGGUCACUCUGGCAGUCCCAUGGUUCCAGGCUGCAGCCCCAGCUGCUCCCAGGAGGAGUCAGCCGUUGCCACCUCCCCCACCUCUCAGACCUCCCUCUCCCCUGUAGGCCCCAAGAGCUUCUACCCCCGCCAGGGAGCCACCUCCAAGUACCUGAUCGGCUGGAGGAAGCCGGGAGGUACCAUCAACUCUGUGGACUUUGGCAAAACACGCAAGUGAGCAUGGGGGGCAGUAGAGGAGGAAUGUUGAACAUACAUGUGUUUAUUGACACGUCACUGAGGCCAUUACACUGUGAGGGGUGUAAGUAAUGUUGUGAAAGGAUGUUCUUUCCCUAUUGAAACAAAUCCAACUGUUCUAGAUUGUUGAUGUUAGAGACACUUGAGAUCUGAGUCAACUGAGAGGAGAUGCCUUUCCCACCUCAGUCCUGGCUUAUGUUUUGUUUAUGAGUACAACACUCCCACCCUGUGGUUGAACCGAGAACUGCAUCCUAUAACUGCUUGUCUUUGCGCUUCCUCUUUCUCAGACGUCACCAGAGUGAUGGGUUGCUGGGUGGCCAGCCUCAGCUCAGGGCUCAGCUUAGGGCCCAAUCCCCCCAG